UGUCCUUUGCGUGUGCAAGCCUGGCGCGUGUGCGAAGGCCACCGUCUCGCUCUCAACCUAUCGCGCACACCACUUCCCUGCGUGCACCGCAAGAGGCGGCAGUGCUUGACCCUCAACAUGGCGAUCAGUGAACAUGUGAGGUGGGCAAUAUCAGCAUGCUGCCAAGUCGCUGCUCUCUUCAUGGCGGUGUCUCCUGCUGCUCCUGCUGCUGUGGCCUUCUGCUCUUCUAGCAUGAGCACCAAGGGCACGGUGCAUGUCUGCACGAACACGUCAUGUCGGAAGGCAGGGUCUCGUUGGACAGUCGACACUUUUAGGGCGUUCGCCCCUCCGGGAGACAUCAAGGUUCUCGAGACUGGGUGCCAAGGCCGGUGCGGCCUCGGUCCCAACAUUUUGACGAGGCCUUCCGAAGAGGUGUACAACGGGGUGGCCCAGCCAGCCACUGUGGCGGCAAUAAUCGAGAUCGAUUUUGGUGUCCCGGUUGCGGACACCCUCGUGGGGGCGUUUGGCCAUGUGUCGAAGGGAGACGUUCUCUUCAAGCGAGGCCUGUUCGCCGAGGCGUUGGCGUGCUACAAUCAGUGCAUCGACACAGCCGGAGCCUUCGAGGGGAGCACGAACGCGCUUAGCGUGGCCAAGGUGAAGCAGUCGAGCGCGAUGCGCUUGUUGGCGAAGGAGGGGGGUAGGGGCAGCAGCCGGGCUGCGGGCACCGGGAGCACUGCAGCUGCAGCGUCUGUCACGCUCGAGGAGGCCGAGGCCUCGGCUCGCGAGGCGGUGGAGCUCUGGCCGGCACACACAGCAGCAUGGCUUAACCUGGCUGAUGUUCUGGUCGACACGGGAAGAGUCCAGGAAGCACUCGAAACGUUGGCCGAGUUGAAGGCCCAGUUUCCGGAUGCAAAGUUCGACGCCUCGGAGAAGGCGGCCAUCAUCAGAAAUACACAGCGGUAGCCUAGCAGUUUCGCAAAGCUAGGUAGGUUGUCGACAGGGAGGUGGGGAUUGGCUUCACUAUUUGAAGCUGCGUCGUUACCGGGGGGCGGUCGGGCUGGAUUGGUUGAGCGGGCUUCAAAAACGCCGGUAGGAAUAAGCGGUGUACCUAAUGAAUAUCUCUUGACGUUCGGUUCCGACGAUUCUCCCACCCGGCCCCGUCGUCCCUUCCGCCCGCCUUGCUCGGAUAGACAUGCACCGGAAGCACGCAACAACUUUUACCAUACUUGGCAAUAAUCGCAACUGAGCACGGACGCGCAGUAGCGAGCGCGCUCUGUUGGUAGAACCACCUGUGGCGCCCCCCGCCACCAGGCCCGGUCUCAACAGAGUGGUGUUGGUUGAUGGCGCUCAAGCCUGUGAGAUACGCUGACUUCAGUGUAGCAGCAUUGAGUUUCGUCACGUAAGUUACGGAGAAACACGGCAUCUGAGUUGCCACGCGCUGAAUCGUUUU